AUGGCGUUAAUUCCCUUUACUACUCCGCCUAUUGGAGUAGAUUUCGAUGAAGAAGCUGAGGAUCAAGAUGAAUUUCAUAUAGACAAGUUGGCAACAGAUUUUACGAAUGCGGAGGAAUCGAUUCGCCAUAACGUGUACCUAGAAAGCGACGAUGAGGAUGAGGAACGUGAUCGUAGUGGUGCUGCGAGAAGGGGGUGUGGAAUCGUUCGUGGUGAUGGUUCGAUGUACAAAAGGCAAAGCUUCUACAAUGGAAUUGCUUUUAAAGAGUGUGUUCUCGACUAUGCACUGGCAAGCGGAUGGAAAUGUAUGUGGAAAGUGUAUGCCGCAUCUCUUCAAAAUGACUCGAUGUUUUGGAUUACACUCUACACGAACAAGCAUAUUUGUGUACCUAAUGGAGAGUGUGAAAUGUUUAGGGUCCCAGUCAUAGCUAGGUUGUUUCUUGAUAAGAUUAGAGAAGAACCAGAAUAUUACAUGCCUUUGAAGAUGGAACAGACAAUAAUGGAGAAGUGGAAGAUAUCAGUUACUAGGGGUCAAUGUCAAGCUGCUAGGAGAAAGGCUUUGGGAUGGAUAGAGCUUGAAUAUGACACUCAAUUUGAACGGCUCAGAGACUGUGGGGCUGAGAUAUUGGAAGCAAAUCAAGGUUCUGUUGUAGAGAUUGAUACGGUGAAGAACGAUGCUGGACAUGAUGUGUUUAAGCGAUUCUAUGUUUGCUUUGAUGUUCUUAGAAGAACAUGGAAAAAAUCAUGCAGACCACUGAUAGGAGUUGAUGGUUGUUUCUUGAAAGAAAAGAUCAAGGGACAAUUGCUGGUUGCUUUAGGGAGAGAUGCUAAUAAUGCUAUUUACCCAAUAGCUUGGUGUGUUGUUCAAGUUGAGAACACAUAUAAUUGGUCAUGGCUUGUGAAUAGGCUGAAGAUUGACUUGGAAUUAGGUGAUGGGGAUGGUUACAUUAUGGUGUCUGAUCGACAAAAGCUAGACCAUAGACAAUUGAUUGUUAUUAUCGUUUAG